CAAAGUGAGCUCAAGGCCAGCCCGAACUGCACAUUGAGACCCUGUCUCAGAAAGACCAAAAAAAAAAAAAAAUUGCUCUUCUGUUGGGGACCAGUGUUAAAGCAUCCUGACUCAUCCUUGAGGACUCAUAUCUUCUCUAAAUGUUAUUCUUAAUUGGAUUCUAUAAAUUUUCUUUAAAAAUAAUACAGUGGAGCUUCUAAUAUCUACCACCUUAUGAUGUUCCUAGGUUGUUUAUUCUGUUGAUGGUUAAUAGCAUGAAAAACUGAUGAGCAGUUUGUGCUCUCUGAUUUUGGGAGGGUGGGGGUUUUGUUUUAUUUUAUUUUGAUGGAAUUAUUUAAGCCAACUUAAAUGACUGAGGAUUAAGUCUGGCAGGCAACUCUGUAUUUUGUAUUAGACUUCAAAAAUCUUUUCUUCUUCUUCUUCUUCUUUUUUUUUUAAAUCCAGGAGAAUGCUUUAUUUCAACUUUUAGCUGACUAGAUGCUUAACUUAGUAACAAGUUUAGCCCUUGUAACUGGCUAGCUAAAAGCAAAUCGGCUUGUUUCUCAGAUCUUUGGGGGAUAGCAAGAAACAUUUGAGUGAAUGUUGUUGAAGAUUUUCAGUAGUAUAGAAAAUGAUGGCGCUCUUGUGAUAUUUGUAAGUACAAGCAAGGAUUUGGCACAGACAUCCUAUUUCAUGGCUACCAACAGUCUGCAUCUUACGACCUUCUGUCUUCAGUACAAACCAACAGUGAUAGCUUGUGUGUGCAUUCAUUUGGCUUGCAAAUGGUCCAAUUGGGAGAUUCCUGUGUCAACUGAUGGAAAGCAUUGGUGGGAAUAUGUAGAUCCUACAGUUACUCUAGAAUUACUAGAUGAGCUAACACAUGAGUUUCUACAAAUAUUGGAGAAAACGCCUAGUAGGUUGAAGAGGAUUCGAAACUGGAGGGCUGAUCAGGCGGUUAAUAAGAAACCAAAAGUAGAUGGACAAGUAACAAAGACCCCACUUCUCGGUUCAUCUUUGGUCCAGAAUUCCAUUUUAGUAGAUAGUGUCACUGGUGUACCUACAAACCCAAGUUUUCAGAAGCCAUCUACUUCCGCAUUCCCUGCACCAGUACCUCUAAAUUCAGGAAAUAUUUCUGUUCCGGACAGCCAUACAGCUGAUAAUUUGUCAAUGCUAGCCACAGGAAUGCCCAGUACCUCAUACGGUUUAUCGUCACACAAAGAAUGGCCUCAGCAUCAAGAAUCAGCAAGGACAGAGCCAAUAUAUUCACAGAAACAGGAGGCAUCUUUGUCUGGUAGCCAGUACAACAUCAACUUCCAACAGGGACCUUCUAUAUCACUGCAUUCAGGAUUACAUCACAGACCUGACAAAAUUUCUGAUCAUUCUUCGGUUAAGCAAGAAUAUACUCACAAAGCAGGGAGCAGUAAACACCAUGGGCCGAUUUCUGCUACUCCUGGAGUUACUCCUCAGAAAAUGUCUUUAGAUAAAUACAGAGAAAAACGUAAGCUAGAAACUCUUGAUGUUGAUGUAAGGGACCAUUAUGUAGCUGCCCAGGUUGAACAGCAACACAAACACGUGCAGUCACAGGCAGCAAGCAGCAGUUCUGUAACUUCGCCUAUUAAAAUGAAAAUUCCUAUUGCAAGUACUGAAAAAUCUGAAAAGUACAUGGCAGAGAAAAAGGAAAAGAGUGGAUCACUGAAAUUACGAAUUCCAUUGCCACCUACUGAUAAAGGCACUAGCAAAGAAGAACUGAAGAUGAAGAUAAAAGUUUCAUCCUCAGAAAGACACAGCUCUUCUGAUGAAGGCAGUGGAAAGAGCAAGCAUUCAAGCCCGCAUAUUAGCAGAGACCAUAAGGAAAAGCACAAGGAGCACCCUGCAAACCGCCAUCACACCAGCAGCCACAAGCAUCCCCACUUGCACAGUGGUGGUGGCAGCAGUGGCAGUAAACACAGUGCUGAUGGAAUACCGCCCACUGUUUUGAGGAGUCCGGUUGGCCUGAGCAGUGAUGGCAUUUCCUCUAGUUCGAGUUCCUCAAGGAAGAAGCUGCAUAUCAAUGAUGCCUCUCACAACCAUCACUCCAAAAUGAGCAAAAGUUCCAAAAGUUCAGGUAGUUCAUCUAGUUCUUCCUCCUCUGUUAAGCAGUAUAUAUCCUCUCACAACUCUGUUUUUAACCAUCCCUUACCCCCUCCUCCCCCUGUCACAUACCAGGUGGGCUACGGACAUCUCAGCACCCUCGUGAAACUGGACAAGAAACCAGUGGAGACCAACGGACCUGAUGCCAAUCACGAGUACAGUACAAACAGCCAGCAUUUGGACUACAAAGACACAUUCGACAUGCUGGACUCGCUGUUAAGUGCCCAAGGAAUGAACAUGUAAUCAUUUGUUUAGGUCAAUUUUUCCUUUACUUUUUUAAUUUAAAAAUUGUUAGAAUGGAAAACUUCCUCCUGAUCUAGCAGUGGUACACCUGCUGUUUCUGCCACUGCUUCAAUAUUUGUAAGUGCUGCUUUAUUCUUCAUUUUGAAAAGAAGAGAUUAUAGUAAACAAGUCUUUAUCUCCACAUAUGAUAGUGUUAUAAAUACUGUAAAAGCAUGGAAGGUGCAAAACUCAGUAUUUCUACAGUUGCAGCUAAGAACAUUAGGAUGAAUGGCUGGCUGCUUCUAGGAAUAUAAGAUGCCUCAAGCAUUCAUUAUUUAUAAUUUGAAUACUGUAGCUAUUUUUUGUUGCUUGGCUUUUGAAUGAGUGAAAAUUGUUUUCUUUUGUGUAUUUAUACUUGUAUGUAUGAUUUGCAUGUUUCAAUGAUAAAGGGAUAAAACAGUAUACUGACAACUGUUUACAAGAAAGUGGAGGAAAAUGUACAUACAUUUUUGUAUGUUUAGAUAUUACCAUAAAUACUCAGGAUUGGAGCUGCUUGUAAGUAUAACAAUAUACAGAAUAACUUUAUUUUCUCUUGUCAGAGUCCAUCACUAAUCUGAAACAAAGGUGGCACUUUUUCAUGUUAACCUUAAACUCUAGGCCUUACUGGAAGCCGCUGAAGAGGGACACUUCACUACCAGAGGAGUAUGCAGUGCCACACGUGGUCUUUUACACUGUGGGGCACUCGGUUUUUGCCUUCAGAGGUUCUGACCAGAUUGGCUGCUGAAAUGGCCCCUGAUUUUCUGAAGGCUUGAAGAAGAAAAAAAUAAAGUUUACAUACUCUUGAUGUGAAGUGCAUUUAAAUGUUUGUUGGCUUAUUGCAGUAUAAAACCGCUGUUACUAAUUAUGUGGAUUACUGUGAUUUGAAAACUAAAUUCACAAAAACUUACAUAGUGAAGAAUUAGUAAGUUUUUCCUUAAAGAACUUUAACACUACGUAUUUUAACAGUAAACAGGGAUCACUUUUCCUUUAGCAUUCAGAAUGAUACCAUAUUCGUAAAUACUCUCCCCUGAAGCGUGUUUGUGUGUGAUGUCAUAUUUCUUUUUCAGGUAAAUGCAGUCUUCCUUAUAAAAAUGAAAUUAAACCUAUGCUUUCUUAGUUCUUUUAUAUUCUAACAAUAAAUAAAAAGAAAAGAUCACUGACUGUGCAUUGUACCUGUAUUUAUAGCUUAUGGUUGCUAUCAGGAAGCUCUGUAGAAUAAAAACAUCAGCCUCCAGACAAACUCCUAGCGGAGGUUUUACAUUUGUUUGCACAUCUCAGUAUAUUCCUGUUAAGGUAAAGUUUGCACAGUCAUCUGACUCCUGAUUGAAUGAUAGACUUUAACUUGUUUAAGUUUUGUUUUAAAUACCAGUGGUAUGGUUCUUGUCUGUUAGCUAAUCUUGACUUCGUUCUGUGGUAAAUCUUUGAGCUUUCAAAUACCUUUGAGUUGGGUUGGAUUCAACUUAAAUUGAACUGAAAACUGUCUUAAUUUUUCCACUGCAAAUGAACUAUUUUUGUUACAAAGCCACUGAUAUGUGCACAAUUGUAACUUUACUCAAAUAUGUUGUGGUUGUAAAUAAUAGAGUUUAAUCUGUGCUCUACUUUUAUUUAGCAGUUAUCUAAGAUAACUGUGUAUUAUUUCAUCGAUGUUAUUUGAACUUGGUAUACUAGGAGCCUCUUUCUAGGGACUUUACCUAGGCAGCAUGUCCUCACAUUUGUUCUUGUCUUGCAUAAUGUUAGUAAUCUUUGUCAUUAUAUGUAACUUUGUUGCUCUGUACGGCAUAAUAUUGUAUCCAUAAACAUGGUAAUUUUGAUGCAGUUACACUUUUACAGUGGUACAUGAUCCAAGGACUAGUAUAGAAUUAAGCUGAGGGCAAGAUGGAGGGAGGGAAGGGUAGUGUUCUUGGUAAUUUAGAUGUUUUAGAUGUGAAACCUCUACAGAGCUAUCAUGUGAAACGAUAAUAGGGUGGUUGUGCUACUGUAUAAUUGGGGAUAAUACCAGGAAUUUUAAUAAGAUUUUGUAAAGAAUAUCCAGAAAAGUAGUGAACUUAUUUUCAGUAUGACAUAGAAGACAAUGUGAAUAUUUAAGGUCUGUGACUAUAGUUAAACUCACUAAGAAUUUGAAGAAUUGUUUUGAAAUGGAAUAAAGGUAAUUUUGUUGAAUCUUUAUUGGUGCUAAUGAUGGACAGUUAAAAAGAUAGUUAGUGUAUAUUGUUAUGGAUCAGUACUUAUUAGUACUUCCAAAAUUGAAUUUGAAAUGCUAUGUAUUAACUUUUCACUCUGUAAAUGUAAUCCUCUACAAUGACUUUAUUUAUUAAAGGGGAGUCAGUUGUGAUUUUUA